ACAUUUGGACACAAACGGGGAGAAUUAGUAUAAGUACGAAAGUUUUUGGGUAAAGUUGAUAAUUUAGAAACAUUUGGGAAGAUUCUGUAAUUUAAAGAAAAUAUAAAUUAGGGCAACAAGACCACUUUAAAUGCACAAAAGCCCUAGAACAUUUGGUUCUGUCUCCUCAGCUAAAAGACGCCGCUCGUCUCUUCAGACAAGUUCCACCUUCUACGAUUUGUUAAAGAGAGAAGAGGGUUGAAAGAUGAGUCGUGGAAGCGCAGCCGUUGCCAAGGGAAAGAAGAAGGGAGUCUCCUUCUCCAUUGACUGCUCCAAGCCUGUCGAUGACAAGAUCAUGGAGAUUGCUUCCCUCGAGAAGUUCCUUCAGGAGAGGAUCAAAGUCGGUGGCAAAGCCGGUGCACUCGGUGACUCUGUCACGAUCACACGUGACAAGAACAAGAUCACUGUCACUUCUGAUGGUCAGUUCUCCAAAAGGUAUCUCAAGUACUUGACGAAGAAGUAUUUGAAGAAGCACAACGUGAGGGAUUGGCUCAGAGUGAUUGCAGCCAACAAGGACCGUAACCUCUACGAGUUGAGGUACUUCAACAUCGCUGAGAACGAGGGAGAGGAAGAAGACUAGAAGAUCUUUAUACUCUUCUUGUAUUGGUUUCUGCUCGUUCGUUGUUGCUCAAUACAAUUUAUAUUUCUUGUUUCACAGAUCUUAUCUAGUUUUGGUUGAAGUUAAAACUUUUGUUUUCAGA